AUGUCUACCCCGCAACCGGUUGAAGAUGACGACAGUGGUAGUAAGAAAGCACCUGCUUCCACUUCUACGGUCCUUGAAGGCGAUGGUGGUGGUGGUGCUCGGGAGGUUUUGAAUGGGGAUAGGGAUGGGAAUGAGGAUUCCGAGAGUGUUUUGAGGGAUGGGCUGGAGGGGAAGUUGGUGAGGAAAAUUGACUUGCGGUUGUGUACUAUUGCGGGGAUAUUGUGUAGUUUGAAUUUGCUGGAUUCGGGGAUUAUUAGCAGUGCGUCUGUUACGAGUAUCUUUGCGGAUUUGGGGUUGGGGAUUGGGAAUCGAUAUUCUGUUGCGAUAUUGGUAUACACAGUUGCGAGCGUGACCUUCCAGUUACCGGCUACGAUUGCAGUGAGGAUUUUGGGGCCACGAGUAAUGUUCUCGUUCAUCACUGUGUCUUUUGGACUUAUUACUAUGUGUACCGCUUUCGUAACAACAUGGAAGCAAAUGAUCGGACUCAGAAUCCUCCUUGGUAUUAUGCAAAGCGCCAUAUUCCCUGGACUUAGCUAUCUUAUAAGUACAUGGUACACCCGCAAAGAACAACAGCUUCGAUAUGCGUUUCUGCAGUCUGGAGAAGUGACUGUUGUGGGCUUGGGAGGGUUCUUGAACUUUGGCUUGAAUCACCUUAAUGGCAAGGGAGGACUCGCCGGGUGGAGGUGGAUGUUUCUGGUCCAAGGACUCAUUGCCAUCGUCAUUGGCUUUGCAACUUACUUCUGGAUUGUGGACUUCCCAGAGAACUCACACAAGAGCUUCUGUUUCCUCACAUCGGAAGAGCAGGCUCUUGCUGAGACUCGUAUCACGGAUGAUCGAGGUGAUGUGAAGGCUGAACCUUUUGCUUUGAGAAGUUGUCUUGUUCACUUCUUGGAUCUAAAGAUAUAUGGCUUUUGCUGUUUGUUCUUCCUUUUGAAUCUCGUUUCCACCAGUCUCUCAUAUUUCCUGCCCAUCAUCCUCCAGUCAGGGAUGGGAUUCUCGUCUGAUCAGGCAAUCCUUCUCGCGGCGCCGCCUUAUUUCUACGCCGUUAUACCUGUGAUAAUAUCUUCUAUCGUGGGUGAUAGAUACCAACUUCGUGGUCUGGUCAUUACUUUCAACUGCAUCUGCACCGUGGCCGGGUUCAGUAUGCUCGGAUUUGCCUCUCAAGUCACAGUUCGAUAUGUAGGAACGUAUCUUGCAACUGGAGCCUAUGUGAGCAACUGGGCAGCAAUGAACGCAUACCAGGCAUCAAACAUUGUAGGACAAUGGAAACGCGCAACCUUCGCGGCUGCAAUCACAGCGUGUAAUGGGCUCGGCGGUAUCGCUGGAAGCUUCAUUGUAAGACAAGAUGAAGCCCCAAGAUACAUCACUGCAAUAUGGGUCAGCAUUGGAUCUCAUAUCCUCAUCAUCUGUAUUGUUGUAGCCUUCUCGCUGUACUUUUGCAACCCUGGAAGCUCCGGUUUCUCUAUCGUCAACGCGGCCUUGAAGCUGGGACGGACCGCCCGUGUCUAUAAGGCUGUCUACGACUACGAACCACAAGGGGAGUCCGAGCUUGCGAUCACCGAAGGAGAUAUACUCUACGUGCUGGAGAAGAGUGGAGAGGAUGACUGGUGGAGAGCAAAGAAGAAGGCAUCUGGAGAUGAUGAUGAUGAACCUGUUGGCUUAAUCCCCAACAAUUACAUUGAAGAGGCCCCCCCUCAAACACACGCCCGCGCGCUGUACGAUUAUACCAGGCAGACUGACGAGGAGCUCUCGUUUACUGAAGAUGCACGACUCGAAGUCUUCGAUUCCUCCGACCCGGAUUGGAUAUUGGUCGGGCUGGAUGGGGAAUAUGGAUUUGCGCCAGCGAACUACAUCGAAGUGAACGACGAAGAGACAUCCGCCGCUGAACCCGCGGCACCAAGUCUUCCAAGGCGGCCUCCACAGUCUCGGGUAGCAGAGGAACCGGAACCCCCUAGCAGUCCAAUCCACAGUCCGGCAGCAAAUUUGGCAAAUAUAAUGAACCAGCGAAAGGUAUCUGCGCCUGCAGCGAGGCCGACACCUGCUCCUCCUCGACAGCAGUUCACCCCUGAGGAUUCAGACGAAGAUGAGCCUCCCACGCCAACGUUACCGGCUCGACCUGGCUCUCAGAUUCAAGCUAGAGCCCCGGAACCUAUAGAUGUACAUGCUUCAAGGGGCUCAGUAUCCCCAAUAGGAGUUACAGCGUCUCCGCCAUACAACCGAGCUUCUCAUAGGGGCAUUGACGAUGAAAUGGCGUAUUCAUCUCCUGGCGGGUUCCACAUGUACAAUAUCAAUGAGAUGGUAUCCGUGAUGGGUAAGCGAAAGAAGAUGCCGACAACAUUGGGAAUCAACUCUGCUACUGGUAUAAUUAUGAUCGCCCCCGAGAAGGCUCGAGAUGGCCCAGAGCAGAAGUGGACCGCUGAGAAAAUGACACACUACUCGAUUGAGGGAAAGCACGUCUUUCUUGAGUUGGUACGGCCGAGCAAAAGCGUGGACUUUCAUGCCGGAGCAAAAGAUACUGCCCAAGAGAUUGUCAGUGCUCUAGGUGAUAUCGCUGGUGCCGUUAGGGCGGAAGGGUUAAAAGAUAUAAUAAUGGCAGGCUCAGGUCAAACACAGAAGAAAGGGCAAGUUCUUUAUGACUUUAUGGCACAGGGCGAAGACGAGGUUACGGUCGCUGUUGGGGAUGAGGUUAUUGUGAUUGACGAUACGAAGAGCGAGGAAUGGUGGCAAGUACGACGUCUUAGGAAUGGAACUGAAGGUGUUGUUCCGAGCAGUUAUAUCGAGAUUACGGGAACGAUAUCUUCGCCAAGUACAAGUGGUAUAAACGCGGGCCGAUCUUUCAAGGACCAAAACCGACUCGAGGAGGAACGACUAGCGAAAGAAUCUUUGAAAGCAGCACGGAGAGAGGAGGAUAUACCCGAAAGGGGCUCCAGUUUAUCUGCUGGAGAUAGUAGUAAUAAUCAUGGGCAACACAGAGGCAGACGUGAAAGUAGUCGACCCGAUCAAAACUCUCGAGCUUCUAAAUCUAAACCCGAUCCUUCGAAAGUCCGAACGUGGACUGAUAGAUCGAAAUCCUUUAGCGUUGAAGCGCAAUUUUUGGCAUUAAAGGAUGGUAAAAUUAAUCUUCAUAAAAUGAACGGCGUUAAGAUCGCCGUUCCUGUCGUUAAAAUGUCGGUUGAGGAUCUGGAAUAUGUCGAACGAAUGACAGGAAUAUCUCUCGAUGAGGAUAAACCGUUAUCGAAUAUUAAGAAGAACCAACGGGCACGAGCAGACAGGUCUCGGGAUAGUGCCUCUCCUGUGGGUGCUUCGAUUGAACGUCCAAAGCAGCCAGAGUACGACUGGUUCCAGUUCUUCCUUUCCUGCGACGUACAAGUUGGACUUUGCGAACGAUAUGCCCAAGCUUUCGCCAAGGAUUCAAUGGAUGAGAGUGUUCUGCCCGAUAUUGAUGCCGCAGUGCUCCGAACCCUUGGAUUACGCGAGGGUGAUAUCAUCAAGGUUAUGAGGUUUCUCGACAAAAAAUACGCACGUACAGGAGGUAAACGCAGCGUUAGUUUUGGAGGUGAAGAAGUCAUGGAUGGCGAGUCAGGCGGUAUUUUUGCUGGUCCAGGAGGUGCUCUUAGGAACAAUACUCGGAAAGGUCGCCCAGCACCUACAGUCCAAACUAGCGAUGUUGUGGACCCCAAAGCAUUCUCUCAGGAACCGAAGGAGAGGGCUCAUGAAGGAGUGGCAACACCACUUGCAUCUGUGCCUACGCCCACCCAGAAGGAUGUGGUGAGAAAUGGAUUUGACGAUGAUGCCUGGGACGUCAAGCCCUCAAAACAACAAUCCCAAACUACCGCCAGUCAACCUGCCCAACCGGUUCGGCCUACGGCCCCUGCUCAAGUACCAGCGAUGACUGGUACCAUGCAAGAAUUGUCACUCCUUGAUAAGCCUCUGGAACCUGCGAGAGCACAGCCCACGCCUGCGGCUCCCCAAAUCAUACAACAGCCACCACAGCCACAACCCCAACCUCAGGCUCAAGGGCCGCCACCUGUAGUGCCCUCGAUGUUUACUGGCAUUGGAAAUCAACAAACCGGUCUCCCACCACAGCAGACUGGUGCACCUAACAAUUUAUUCAACCCGCAGGGUUCGCAGAUGGGCAUAGCUCGUCAAAGGCCUUCGCCCGGUCAAUUUCAACCCCAGAGUCAAAGCGGGCUGAUGAUUCCCGCUCCACCUACUCGUCCUCUCUCUGCACCUCAGGCAAAUCAACAGAGUGGGUUCUCGUUACCUCCGCUACAAGCACAAACCACUGGAAUGCAGACAUCGGCAGGCUUUCAGCAACCUAACAUUGCUCCUCCCGGUCAAAGCCUCAACGAGAUCCAAAUGCGCCAACAAUACACCGCGCAGAAUAACAUGGGCAUGAUGAACCAACCUCAGAACUUCAAUCAGUUCAGCAAUGGCGGAGCUCCGAUUGGAUACCAAUACCCCAUGCCGACAGGAGCGCCCCAGCAGAACUUCAUGAAUAAUGGAACGAGCCCAUUUGCCGACCCGCGAUCUCAGCAAUUUUCACCCAUUCAAAACCAGCCUACGGGAAUGCCAGGCCCUUUCCAACCACAGCAACAAUACCCCCAAGCCACUGGAGUUAAUUCUUUCCUGCCUCCCGCUUUGCAGCCCACGCCUACAGGUGUGCAACAACCGCAAAACGGCUUCAAUUCUUUCAUCCCACCCCCGGUUCCUCCUAUUCCUCAGCAACAGACCAUUGCGCCUCUGAUUCCCCAGAAGACUGGCCCACCUCCGCCAGUAAGAUUCGGUGUCACGGGGGAUACAAAGAAGCUAAUGCCCCAAGCGACGGGGCGCAGAGCAAACCUCUCGCAAGCCACUCCGCAAAACCCUUUUGGAUUCUAG